AGAGACUUGUAAAGGGGAUCAAGAUACCCUGGUUUCAAGCAAAAGUGAAUCCCAAUUUUAACUCUCCGGUUACGUACCCGGUCCCCCUUCCAACUACGAGUAUCAGGCAACCACCAGCUCUUAAGGAAGGAAACUUGAGAGAGAGAGAGAGAAGAGGCACUUGACAACCCACCGGAGGCCGACCACCUUCUGCUUUUUGUCUCUUUUCUCCUGUCGACCGACGCAUUUCAGAAUCUAAAAGCUCCCUUCUCUCUUUUCAUCUACUGUCCUAUUCAUUGUCGUUAUUCCUUUCUUAUUCCUUAGUGGGAGAUUGUUCUUUUCAGCUUUCUGGCUCUGUUCUUCCAACCUCCAGAAAGAAAAAUAAGAGCAAGUUGGCAAUUAAAAAUCCUCUUCCUUAAUCUUCGUUGUUCGUUUUAUCUGCUAUUCUGAAUUUGAUAAGCUCACAGAUUGCCUUCUUCCGGGCGAUUAUGAUUAUGUGUGCCUUCGCAUUCUCCGUCGGAAAGACGGUAUUCACUAUCUUAAGAGGAUGGGUGGCGGCCUGCAUCACCGUUGCUUCCGAGAUCGCGAGCGCUCUAAGAGUUGGAGAAAUCGGCCCCUUCCAUGUUGGCUGAAUAAGUUCCGGGCCGAAUACGUGUUUCAUGUGUAAUGUCUAAAGCCCCAUGCACUCUUCUGAAAUGGAGAAGGCGUUUAACGAUCAACCUGACUAAUCCCGAAGGGUAUUUCGUGAAGGACUGAGAAGAUGUGGCAGCAGCUUGUUCAUCACGGCGACAGAAGCCACAUGUAGUGUAUGAUACCUUAAUAACUGUACAGUAGUAAUGGAGCUCUGUCAUCCAUCAGUCUACUCAGUUAAGUUCUUAAUUUCCUUGAUCUGUGUUAAGAGUGAUGGAACUAUGCGGCCGACGUUCUACUCGCUUUGCUCCAGGUUGGAGGAGGCCGAGAGUUUCAUACUCGAGCAUUACUUGGCAUAACCGGUAAGGCAUUUCCAGGGAUAAUGCUUCAACUCGAUUGCUCAAAGGAAAAAGGCUCAUAAAAUUGCGGAUCUUUCAGAACCCUGUCUUGAGCCUGUGUUCAAUGUAGAAUUUCUUGAUUCUCACAUGGAAUAUUUAUUAAUCGCCCUGAGAUGCUGAAGGUCUUCUUCCAUGCAA